CAUAGACCUUUGAUCACAAUAUCUAGGUACUGACACUGCCAUACACUGUGGAGGUUACAAUCACAUAAAAAUAUAGUGCCAAGGGUUGGGCAGUAGUGCAGCGGAUUAAACACACAUGGUUUGAAGCACAAGAACCAGCAGAAGGAUCCCCAUUCGAUCCCCCAGCUCCCCACCUGCAGGCAGGUGAAGCAGGUCUGCAGGUGUCUAUCUUUCUCUCCCCAUCCUCUUCCCCUCCUCUCUUCAUUUCUCUCUGUCCUCUCCAACAACAACGACAACAAUAACUACAACAAUAAAAAACAACAAGGACAACAAAAAGUGAAUAAAUAAAUAUAUAUAAAGAAAAAUAACAAAAUAAAUUAAUUAGAAAUAACAAUAAAAAAGGAAAAUGACAGAUAUUAAAAGAUGGGCUGCAUAUGAUGGAGUAUUUUAAUAUUCUUGAACAAAUUAGUAACAAGAUUUUUUUUUUACAGAAGGCCAAAAACUCCAUGUGAAUAAACGAAUUCAGAGCUGACAUAAUACCAGUCCUUAGGGUACGUACCCUUUGUCAGAUAGAAUGUCAGCUCCCAACACCAGUGGUGACGGCCUCCCAGCAUCUCUUUCCCUGACCGGGAUCCCUGGACUGGAGUGGGCCCACAGCUGGAUUGCCAUCCCCUUCUGUGCCAUGUAUCUGGUAGCGCUGGCUGGCAAUGCAGCCCUUAUCCUGGUCAUUGUGACAGACAGUGCUCUUCAUGCACCCAUGUACCUGUUCCUUUGUAUUCUCUCACUCACUGACCUGGCUCUCAGCUCCACCACUGUGCCCAAGACAUUAGCCAUUCUGUGGUUCCAUGCUGGUGAUAUUUCCUUUGGUGGGUGCCUGGCCCAGAUGUUCUGUGUCCAUUCUAUCUAUGCUCUGGAGUCUUCAGUUCUUCUUGCCAUGGCCUUCGAUCGGUAUGUGGCUAUCUGCAACCCACUAAGAUACACAACCAUUCUCAACCACAUUGUCAUAGGCAGAAUCGGUCUUUUUGGAGUCUUCCGCAGUAUAGCAGUUGUUUCUCCCUUUAUCUUCUUGCUGAAGCGACUGCCCUACUGUGGGCACCGUGUCAUGGCACACACAUACUGUGAGCACAUGGGCAUUGCUCGACUGGCCUGUGCCAACAUCACUGUCAAUAUUGUCUAUGGACUGACUGUGGCCCUUCUGGCUGUUGGUCUGGAUUCCAUCCUCAUCGCCGUUUCUUAUGGCUUUAUCCUCCAUGCCGUCUUCUGCCUUCCAUCCCCAGAAGCCAGGCGCAAGGCUCUGAGUACCUGUGGUUCCCACCUUGGGGUCAUUCUAGUCUUCUACAUCCCUGCCUUUUUCUCCUUCCUCACCCACCGCUUUGGCCAACACAGAGUCCCCAAGCAUGUGCACAUCUUUCUGGCUAACCUUUAUGUGUUGGUGCCUCCUGUUCUCAACCCAAUCAUCUAUGGAGCUCGGACCAAGGAGAUUCGGUCUCGACUUCUAAAACUGCUUCACUUGGGAAAGGGCUCCAUGUGA